AGGGAGGGAGAGAGAGAGUUAGGGUGUUGGAGGGGGGGGAACUAUGCAGAUGAUGCGGCGGCUGAAGAGCAUUGCGUCCGGGAGGUCGUCGAUUUCGGAUCCCGGUGGAGAUCCUGGCACCAAACGACCAAAGUUUGAUCAAGAUGGAGCAGGGGAAGUUUUUACAGGACCACAUUUGGUUGCAGAUAAAGCUAUUAGUGUAGAUAAGAAUACAACUUCAACUCAUUUACAUUUGGAUGCAAACAUGUCCAAUGGGGAUUCUUCUGCUAGAACUGGACAUGCUGCUGUUGAUCAGCUUCCAAAUGAAAUGCAUGUAAUGACAAUCAGAGAUGAUAAAGUUGAAGGCCACAAUGAGAAGGAAACAGAAGGGACAAUGGUGAAUGGAAAUGGAACUGAGACGGGUCAGAUAAUUGCAACAACAAUAGGUGGUCGAAAUGGCGAGCCUAAACAGACAAUCUCAUAUAUGGCAGAACAUGUGGUUGGCACUGGUUCAUUUGGUGUAGUCUUUCAGGCUAAGUGUGUGGAAUCAGGAGAAACAGUUGCUAUCAAGAAGGUGCUGCAAGAUAAGAGAUAUAAGAAUAGAGAACUCCAAAUUAUGCAUUUACUUGACCAUCCAAAUGUAGUUCAGCUAAAGCACUAUUUCUUUUCAACCACCGAAAAAGAUGAGCUCUACCUCAACCUUGUACUUGAGUAUGUCUCUGAGACUGUCUAUCGCAUUUGCAAGUACUAUAGCCGGAUGAACCAACAUAUGCCUCUCAUAUAUGUUCAAUUAUAUACGUACCAGAUCUGCCGUGCUCUUUCUUACAUCCAUCAUGUUGUAGGAGUCUGUCAUCGUGACAUUAAGCCACAAAAUCUGUUGGUCAAUCCCCACACUCAUCAAGUAAAGCUUUGUGAUUUUGGCAGUGCUAAGAAACUGGUUCCAGGAGAGCCAAAUAUAUCUUACAUCUGCUCACGGUACUAUAGGGCUCCAGAACUCAUCUUUGGGGCUAUGGAAUACAGCACCGCUAUUGAUAUGUGGUCUGUUGGUUGUAUUUUAGCUGAGCUUCUUAUAGGGCAGGUAGACAUUAUGCCUCUAUUUCCUGGAGAGAGUGGUGUUGAUCAGCUGGUGGAAAUCAUUAAGAUAUUAGGUACUCCUACAAGAGAAGAGAUUAAAUGCAUGAAUCCAAAUUACACUGAGUUCAAAUUUCCUCAGAUUAAAGCCCAUCCCUGGCACAAGCUUUUCCACAAGAGAAUGCCUCCUGAGGCAGUUGAUCUUGUAUCAAGGUUUCUCCAAUACUCACCAAACUUGCGUUGCACAGCUUUAGAGGCCUGUGCCCAUCCAUUCUUUGAUGAGUUGAGGGACCCCAACACCCGUCUGCCAAAUGGACGCCCCCUCCCCCCUUUAUUUAACUUCGCACCGCAAGAGCUUAAAGAUGCUUCUCCCGAACUCAUUCAGCGCCUCAUUCCCGAGCAUGUAAAGAAAUAAAUGCAUGAAACAGCAUCCAAGUGUUCUGGUGUUAAAUCUUCUGGACAGCAUCCAAAUGUUCCAUGAUAUAUCAAGCAUGGAGCCCAGAAGUGCCCGAUCAGUUUCUGAUUUUAUCAGAAGAGAGGAAGGGUUAGGGAGGGGGAUAUUCAUAAACAGUCAAAUCUUUGCACCAAGGCAGAUCUUAAGAUGACUUUCGUGCACAUAGAUAGGCAUGCGAUGAUCUGGCUUUUGUCCGUCUAUAUUUAAGUGUAGUCUCUAUGAGGCAGGUAGCUCACGUGCCAGCUUCUGUAGCCCCGGACAUAAUGUUGCAACACUGCUGAUUUGUUGAAAUUUUAUGUAAAUGUAUCGGUGAAGAUUUUCAAAUGUUUUUUCUGAGAACUAGAUUCUGUGCUGUUUCUGUCUUGGUUUCUAAAUGUGGAGUGUAUUCUAGGUA